AUGUGCGGAGAGCAUCAACUUCGUUCUAGCGACAAUGGCAACAUCACUUUCGUCCUCGGAGCCCCCGGUGCCGGCAAAGGAACACUCUGCAAGCAGUUUGCCAAGGACCACAACUAUUAUCACCUUUCCGUCGGAGAUUUCCUGCGGGAACUGGUCAGCAGCACGAAGCCAUGUCAGACGGAAGAUGGGGCGGUCGACUUGCAGAUGAUCAGGAAAAGCCUACAAGCCCGUGAACUCAUCCCAGCCGAAGUCCUGGCCAGGCUCUUACGAGAGAAGAUUGCGAAUGAAAAGCAAAAGGACUACACGGGCUUUCUGGUCGACGGAUUCCCGAGAAAUGAAGCCUCCGCUGUUUCUUUCGUCGAGAACGUAAGUCUUCCAGCCGAAAUUCAUGUGGAUUGAUUGAACUUACGUCAAAUAGGUAGGCAGACCGGGAAAGAUCUGGAUUUUCAAUUGCCCCAAGGCUGUCGCGAAGGAACGGUUUCUGGAGCGAGCAAGGGAGCAAGAUGAUACUGCGGAGCUUUUUGAGAAGCGGUAUACGGAAUUCGAGAAGAACAAUCGAAUGGUUCUGGAGGUUCUCGAGGGAAAGUAUGGGAUUGCACGCAUCGAGAUUGAUACCAGUGGCACGGCCGAGGGGUCUACGGCAAAGCUACUACAAGCGCUUGGGACGGACUAG